AUUCAAAAUGGCAGCCUCCGUAAGUCCAUACGAGGAGUGGUUGUCACAGAAAUUGAUUUCUUUGAACCCAGAUGUGGAUGGAGAAGUAUUUGUAACCUAUAUUUCCGGAAUCUUAGACACAGAUACAUCGAAUGAAGAGAAGAAAGAGAGCUUGGAAGGAAUAAUUGCAGAAGUAGUGAGUGAGGGUACGGAGGCUGUUUGUGAAGAACUGAUUGGGAAAUGGGAAGAAAUUAAUGGCCAGCAGAAUUCAGGAGCAGACGGUAAAUGUAGCGUUGAAGAUCAGCUCUCGGAAGAUCUUGAGCACCCAGAGUUGACUGUGACCAAAGGGAGAGAACUCACAGCAGAGGAGAAAGCGAGAAAGGCUGCUAUACUGGCACAGUACAGCCAGGUGUCAGAAGGAAACGAUGACUCGGACUCGGAUGACGACCCUGGGGGAGCUACAGGUGAUGCUGACUACCUGAUGUGCCGGAACACCAACAAGGCAGACGUGGACAAAACAGAGCGUGAGAAGCGAGAUAAAGCUAAGAAGGAAUCGGACGAGAAGCGAGAGAAGGACAAGCAGGACCGCGAGGCCCAGAAGGCUAAGGCCCAAGAUAGGAAGGACACGGAGAAGAAGCGCACUCAAAAGGGGGAGAGGAGGCGGUAACGCUGGCUGGCUUUAGGGAAUUCCAUAUUUUUGUACGCAUCAUCUGACUUGGAUUAUGCAUAUGAAAGAACACGUUUCAAGAUCAAUGGAACAUCUGAAUAAGACUGCAGUUGUUACCAUAGUAACAGACAAAUAGUCCUGAAGCUGCAAAAAAUUAAAUCCAUGUGUUCUAGGGCAAUGACUUUUGAAAUGCUAAUAACUCAUAUGUCUAUAUCGAUCUAUUUUUCUGAAGUGUGAAAACAUGCUGCCCUUGGUGCUGAUUUGAUAUUGGUCUGAGAGUAAGAAUGAAUUGCAAUCAUGCUGGACAUUGUUGCCAUGGUUACUGAUGAACUGUUUCAUGAGAACCAUGCAGGAAUGGUAUUAAAUGUAAUGAUAAGUCAAAUACUUAAGAAGUCAUUUUAGUAUGUGUAUUUUGAAUGAUUUUGACCAAGGUGUGACAACUUUAAUCUGACUGAUUCCUCUCGGUGUUUACCAUCAAGAGCAAGGUCUGAGUGUGCCAAAGACAUAUUGCUCAGGUUGUGGAAUAGCAUUUUAAUUUCGCAUGAAAAGUUUAACAACUCUUGCUGGUCACACAUCCCUGACAUGAUUAAGUGACCAAAUAUUUCUUGCCUUCAAAGAAAGGAGAGUAAUUUGUGGACUUGAUUGCUUGCUAUCUUGUAUUCUGGGUUUUAGAUAUUGCCCAGUCAGCCUGUGCAUGUCAUUUGAAGAGAUUAAUACAAUCUGUGUCACCUUA